GGGGGUGGGAGGGGAGCGGGGACUGGCAGCUUGUUAGGCUUUUAUCAACGCCUUCAUGCUUUUAUAAGGCAGCUGGACAGAUCCGGAGGGGAAGGCUCUGCUGAUGUGACAGAAGGUGGAGAAGAGCCGUUAGGAUCUGGAUGCUACUGGUCCUCUGAACAGGUGAAUCCAGGCAGCAGCAGCAGGGAGGAUGGGAGGAGGAGGACAGCAGACUGAGCCUGCAGAGCCAGGCAGCGGGAAGGCUGCAGGUGUUUACACCUGGGAGGAGGUGCAGAAGCACCGCAGCAGGAACGACCAGUGGCUGGUGGUUAACAGGAAGGUUUAUAACAUCAGCCAGUGGGCCAGAAGGCAUCCAGGAGGCUCUCGGGUCAUCGGCCACUAUGCAGGAGAGGAUGCUACGGAAGUUUUUGCGGCUUUUCAUCCGGAUCAAAAGUUUGUGCAGAAGUUUCUGAAGCCUCUGCUGAUUGGAGAGUUGGUGGCGACGGAGCCAGACCAGGAUGGGAACAAAAAUGCGGAAAUCAUCCAGGAUUUUGAAAAGCUGCGCGAACGGGCAGAGAAAAGAGGACUUUUUCAGGCUCAGCCUUUAUUCUUCUGCCUUCAUCUGGGACACAUCGUGCUGCUGGAGGCGCUCACCUGGUUCCUGCUCUGCUACUGGGGAACAGGCUGGAUAAUGACCAUACUGGCCUCAGUCUUCCUCGCAACUGCUCAGUCGCAGGCUGGAUGGCUGCAGCAUGACUUUGGACACCUUUCUGUCUUCAAGAAGUCCAAAUGGAAUCACCUGGUCCAUAAGUUUGUCAUUGGACAUUUGAAGGGAGCUUCGGCCAACUGGUGGAACCAUCGACAUUUCCAACAUCACGCCAAGCCCAACAUUUUCAGGAAGGAUCCUGACAUCAACAUGAUGGACAUCUUUGUACUUGGGAACACUCAGCCAGUGGAGUACGGCAUUAAAAAGAUCAAACACUACCCCUACAACUACCAACACCAGUACUUCUUCCUCGUGGCGCCACCGCUGCUCAUUCCGGUUUUCUACAACUACAACAUAAUGAAGACCAUGAUUACUCGACGUGAUUGGGUGGAUCUAGCCUGGGCUUCUACCUACUACAUCCGUUACUUCUACUGCUAUGUGCCGCUGUACGGCGUGUUUGGCUCAUUGGCACUCAUGACGUUUGUAAGGUUCUUAGAAAGCCACUGGUUUGUGUGGGUGACUCAGAUGAGCCACCUGCCAAAGGAGAUCGAUCACGAGCGACGCCAAGACUGGCUGACCAUGCAGUUACAAGCUACAUGUAACAUUGAGCAGUCCUUCUUCAACGACUGGUUCAGCGGACACCUCAACUUUCAAAUCGAGCACCAUCUGUUUCCCAGAAUGCCGCGCCACAACUACCAGCUGGUCGGCCCGCAGGUCCGCCAGCUGUGUGAAAAACACGGGAUUCCUUAUGAGACCAAAACCCUUUGGCAAGGCAUGGCCGAUGUGGUCAGGUCGCUGAAAACGUCAGGGGAACUAUGGCUUGAUGCUUAUCUUCAUAAAUGAUGAGCUGGAAAUGUUGCUUCUGUCAUCUAGUGUGAAAAUCUAAUUGAUGAUCCUGGAAGAAUGUUUUUCAGACUUUAUGAUAAAAUAAAACCUUAAUCUUUAGUGAGCACUGGAUCUUUGAACUCCUUUACAUCACUACCAAUGUUUUAGGUAAAACUCUGAUUUUUGACUGACUCAUUAAAGAUGUUUACAAUAAGA